UUUCACCACAUGAGGAGGUCAGAGCGCUCUACACACAAGAGAAUACAGUCACAUGAGCUGUGAGGUCACCAGGAGUCAGAGCGAGGCUUGGAACACAGGAAGAGGUGCAGAGCAGUGUGGAGCUGCUUUGUACAUGAAGGACAGACUGGAAGACAACCCUGCAGAGUGAUGAGUAAAGUGUGCGCUGUCUUUGGGGGAUCCAGAGGGAUUGGAAAAGCCAUUGCCAAGCUACUAGUUCAAAAAGACUAUAAAGUGGCUAUUAUUUCAAAAAAUCUGGAAGCCGCCUCGACUACUGCUGGAGAACUUAAAGCUCAUCUGGCUCUUGGCUGUGAUAUCACUAAAGAAAAAGAAGUACAACAAACAUUUCAAGAAAUUGUGAGAAGUUUCGGUCAUGUUAACUACCUGGUCAAUGCUGCUGGCAUAAAUAGGGAUGGACUGUUAAUGAGAACCAAGUCAGAAGAUGUAUUGUCUCAGCUCUCCGUCAACCUCAUAGGACCGAUACAUACGUGUAAAAUUGCACUGCGAAGCAUGGUCCAGCAGCAGGGUGGCGCUAUUGUUAAUAUAGGCAGUGUGGUUGGCCACAAAGGGAAUGCUGGACAGAGUAUUUACAGUGCCAGCAAGGAAGGCUUGGUUGGAUUCUCCAAAUCCCUGGCUAAAGAAGUUGCUAGGAAGAACAUACGGGUUAAUGUGGUUGCCCCUGGAUUCAUUCACACGGAUAUGACUUCAAGCUUGGACAAGGACUUGGUGAGCCAAAAUAUCCCUCUGAGCAGGUUUGGUGAAGCGGAAGAAGUGGCUCACGCUGUGGCUUUCUUGUUGGAGUGCCCGUAUGUUACUGGCCAUGUUUUAGUGGUGGAUGGAGGGUUGCAACUCCAGAUUUAAAAUGUACUAUGUAAAAAAAAAAAUAUAUGAAAUAAAGCACUUUUUCUAAUAUCCUA